UCAUCAUCCCAUUCCAAACAUGCGCGUCUCACAAAAAACAAAAAAGAAAUGAUUUGCACCCACCAACUCAACCAUGGCUUCGGCCUCUGCAAACUCUUCUCUCUUCAUAACCACCACCACCACCACCACCAUAAAAAACAAGAACAGUACUUAUUUCUGCCUCCUCGCAUCACAUUUCACAAUCUUGGAACUCUAAAAAAUCGUCAUACUUAUAAUAAUCUCUCUAAGACUCUGACACAGGCGAGGGCGGUUCUCAACCCAGACCAAUUCACCACCACUUCUCCCCUUCAACAACAACAGGGUGUAGAGGAAAGCGUGAGGGUUCUGAAGAAUGCUGCCAAGACAAGGAAGGUGGCGGCCGAUGAGGUAUCGGCUGCUCUCUCCCUCAUUAAGAAGGCCAAAGUUGACCCCACUCACUUUUUCUCCAUUCUUGGAGGAACAGAGUCCCCGGGCCGAACCUGGAUGCUCAUCUUUACUACACAGGGUCGUCUGGAGCGUGGUAGCUAUUUCCCUGUCACUGCAGUUCAGCGAUUCGAUGCUGCAGCAAAGCGUAUCGAGAAUGGGGUAUAUCUGGGGCCUAUAGGUUCCCUGACUUUUGAGGGGAGGUUGUCAUGGACGACGAGGAUUUUGGCCUUUGUUUUUGAGUAUCUACGCAUAAAGAUAGGGCCAUUUGAUCCCUUGCAAAUCAGGCUGGGUAAGAACAGUGAUAAUGAGAGAGAACCAGGAAACAAUGAUCCCUUCUUCAUCUGGUUUUAUGUUGAUGAAGAGAUUGCUGUUGCACAAGGUAGAGGUGGGGGCAUUGCAUUUUGGUGCCGGUGCCGUCGUGUGAUUACAUAGUAGCCCCAAUACAUUGAUUUCUUUUUAUUUGGACUGUAUUAUGGAUAAUGCAAGAUAUCAGCCUAGUGAAAUUAACUGUUCUCUAAGAAAUUUACACGAGCAGCGCAAAUUCUUUUUAGUGAAGAUAUUCUGUAUACUCAUCAUUUGCCAUGUAUUUUGAAAUUAUUGGUGAUGUUUGUCUGCCUCA